AUGACUGUGUUUUGUCCUCCUCAGAUUGAUGAGCUGUAUGAGGCCUACUGUAUGCAGCGCCGGCUGAGGGAUGGGGCCAAUAAAAUGGUGAAGGCUUACACAGACUCCCAGGGCAGCCGCGAGGCCAGAGAGAGCCUCUCUGAGGCCAACAAGGGCUACAAAGAGUACACAGAGGUGAGGGGUGUGAGAGGGGAGCAUGGUCAGGGAGGGAAGGAAGGGGGAACAGGGUAAAAUGGGCAGGAAGCUAUGGAUUGAGUCAGUGUCCUGAGAUUGAUUUCAAAGACUGCAGGGUAACCUAAGAAUAGGUGCUCUCCUUAUUAUAUCCCCCUCUGAUAUUAGUACAACGAUUUGAAGUUUUGACUGCCUAAUGUUUUGCUUAACUUUCCCUCUUUCACUCUUUGCAGAACAUGUGCAUGUUGGAGAGCGAGCUGGAAAACCAGCUGGGAGAGUUCCAUGUGAAAAUGAAGGGUAUGUUCAUUUUAGUCAACUCCUUCCUCUUCCCUGUCUGUUGUGACUCUGGACCGUGUAUUGUAGCUUCCUGUUGGUCUAUUUCAAUAAAACGGUUGCAUUGUUAGUGUUUGUUUGUAUGUGGCCUUGAAGCUUUUUGUUUGUGUUGCAGGUCUAGCAGGAUUUGCACGGCUCUGUGCUGGAGACACAUAUGAAGUGAGUUUCUCUCUCUCCCUCUCCUUCUCCCUCUCUCUCUCCACUUUUGCAUGGCUGCCCCAGCAUCAUCAUUCCUCUAAGCAUUAGUGCUGGUGGAGGGCGGUGGAGGGAGUGGAUACUCUACCAGUGGCGGCCGCUGAUUGGCUGAAUACCAGGGGCGUGAGGACGUUUGGAGUUGUCAGCAAAGCAGCAUGACAGAAAUAUGAUGCAAAGUUUUUGAACUACCGGUAGUUUCUUUUAGAAGAUAUAUAAAGCGAUCUGUACAUUUGAACAACUGCAUAAAUACAACUAUUUCACUUUUUCAAAAACCGAACGACCACUGUUGCAUAUGCUGCCACUGUUUUGAACAGAUUAUAUUAUUUAGAACUAGUGCACCAGGGAUAACACAACAAGCAUGCAGAUGCAAUAAGUGUAAAAACAUUAUCUAACUGGGGUAGCUAGCGAACAUAAUGUCACAAAGCAAGAUGCCAGUUAACUUUCAUUCUGAAAUAACCUCAUAUUUCCGAGUUAGUCAGAUAUUGAGAAAUUGGCAUUGGAGCUAACUAGCUAGCAAGCUAACAGCUAGCUAGCUGCUUAUCAAAGGUAAUAAUAAAUAAUAAUAAUAUGCCAUUUAGCAGACACUUUUAUCCAAAGCGACUUACAGUCAUGCGUGCAUACAUUUUUUUUUUUUGUGUAUGGGUGGUCCCGGGGAUCGAACCCACUACCUUAGCGUUACAAGCGCCGUGCUCUACCAGCUGAGCUACAGAGGACCACAGGUAGAGAUAACUGGUUAAUUUGACCUAAAAAUCUACCAAACAAUUUCUUAAUGUUUCUCAACAUUUCUGUAGCUGGCUAAUUAAUUUGAUCAUGCUUUGUGAUACACUCGGUUUUAUUAUGUUUUAGUCCACACAACAUGGGGGAGAAACAAAAUCAGCCAGGCUUUUUUGACGUACCAGAUCCGCGAUGAGAAGCUUCUAGCUAGUGUAUCCCUCUGUCCUUCUCCUUUUGUUGGAUAUAGUUGUCCGGUUUAUCAGAUCCCAGGCUCCAAUGACUUUUAUGAUUAUUUAUUUACAAGUUAAUUACAAUUUGCUUUAGUGACAUCUGUACCUGAUAGAGCAGAUUUAGUCUCACGUGUGGAAGUAAGCCGUCUGGCACGAGAGACUCAUUGGGAGGUAGACUAGAGCAGACCCAGAGGUUCUGACUGAACGGAUGCAAAUUUGAGCGCCCCAGGACGGUCCAUUUACUUUGUGCUCUUAUAAUUCAUGCGGGGCAGUAAGUAACUGAACAGCUAGUUUUUAACAAUAUAUUUUUGAAACAGGUAAAUGUAUACAUUUCUGCACUUUUAUGAGCAGUUAUAAAAAUACUAACUUUUGUUUGUUGUUGACCAAUCACAAGUGGGGUGCCGCCCCUAGUGGGCGGGCCACCGCUGUAUGCUACAGUAGCAUGGCCUCUCAGCUGGGCUGUCUGGGGGGAUUAGCAGACUGCAGGAGGAGGAGGGUAAUUGGAAAAGGAAAGGCGUUAAUGUGUCAGCACUGCCUCUGUCUGUUUAACAUGCAUAGAUUUAGUGAUGAUUGACAGCAUAAUCGAUGGAGUGAGUCAGUGGAGCGCUGCGUUCCCUCCCUGGGAGAAGGCAACUAUAAACAGAACCUCUAGAGUUUAGCUCAGCUUCAGCACAAACACAUGACUCAGCGAUGACUUGAGAAUAGGGAAAUGUGUGAAGACCAAAAUGUGACAGUGUCUGGCUCAUUGUGUAUCUGUCUGCUAUGCCAUCUUGAACCUAAACCUGACCCCUGACCUUUUAGAUCUUUAUGAAGUAUGGGCGGCAGCGCUGGAAGCUGAAGGGAAGGAUUGAGAUCAACGGCAAGCAGGUGUGGGACAGCGAGGACAUGGUCUUCCUGCCUCUCAUCACAGAGUUCCUAUCAUUAAAGGUACGAAGCAGCAAAUCCUGGCCUAAAACACACACGCGUGCGCAUGCAAGCACACACAUGCGCACACACAUGCGCGCAUAUAGGCACAUGCAGGCACACACAGACUGUCUGUCACUCUCACUCACAUUCACAGAGUCACAUCUGUGUGUGAAGCGAAGACUCUGAGGUAAUGGACAUAACAGCUCAGUGAGAGGAGAGCAGCUGGAUAUCAACUAGUUUUUCUCCCUGAAUGAUUCCAUUACUUUGCCCAAUGUCACAGAUCGGAAAGUUAAACUGAGGGUAUGUGCUAAUAUGCAUCUACUGGUAUAGUGUGGCCAUCUUUGAAUGCAUCAGCGUUAUUUUCUGAAACUCUUUAGGGACUAUUGUGAUGAGUCCAAAGACCAAAUAUGGAGUGAAUCUGACUUUUAGUCUAUGAGAAUAAUAUUUUAUUAUUAUUAUUAUUAUUAUUAUUAUUAUUGUUUUACGCAUUAGCGUUACAUAGUCAAAAAAGUGAAUUGUUAAUAGUUUCCUUAUUUUGUCAAUGCCAAACUUAACAUUGUUCAUCAAGGUAAUGUCUUUGAUGACCCUAAAAAGUUUCAAGUUAGGCCAUUGUGAAGUAGAUUUACAAAGGAUUUAAAUGAACACGUAAAAUCCUCAGCCAUCUCUUAACCAAUCCCUUGGCUUUUCUCAAACUAAGUUAAGAGAUGUGCCAUGGGCCUACUAACUACUAACUCAUUUGGUGUUAUUUGGAUUUCAUUAUUGGGUUCAUGAGAAUACGUUUUCAAAGGUUUUCCCAAAUUUCCAAGAUGGGGGCAAAUUUGUUCAGCAUGAGGAAAGACACCUACAUACAACGUUUCAAAUCCCUGGGUCAAAUGGGGAAGCGGAUAUGAGGAUUUAAGUGAGACUGCUUAUAACAGUGCCACCUAUACGCCAAUCGGCACCAGCCUCUAGUUUCUGUGUGUCAAAUUAGAAAAAAAGUUACCAAUCUCUGCUUGAGUUAUUUGGCCAAGUCAAGGAACAUUUAAAAUAAUAAGAAUUCAGACAAUACAAUAGGUUUCACCCCUAACUAAAUAAAAACACAACUAUAAUAACGAGAGGGAGAGAGAAAUAAUUUACAAUGGAGAAUGUGAAAUAUCUGUGAUUUUGUAUAAGUCUAAUUUUAAUAGCCAAUAGCUAGGUUUCCAUCCAAUUGGCGACAGAUUUGCAUACGAAUAUUCUAAAAUCUGGAUUUUCCCAGCAGAGAUGUGUUUCCAUCAAAUUGACUUGUUGCGAAUAAAAAGCUGUGCGUGGUGAUGUAGUGCACAUAAAACUCACUUUUGCGGUUAAAUUCCAAUGUGCCAAAAAAAAAAAUGCAAGUAAAUGGGUUUCCAUCGCAUUUUCAACUCUACCGAUUGUUUUGUCACAAAAAAUGUUUAAAUAGCGAAUGUGCCCACUCUGGUCUUUGCAUGUGUGCUCUAGCCAACAGCUAGCAGAUACAGUCUGGGUAGGCUACAUUAUCAGAUUCCUAUUAUGGACAAAAAUUUGGGAUCAUUUUUAUUUAUCGAACAGCAGCCAAGCAUCGAUCAUCAUGUCACCAGAAUAAGGCCCUUGAUAUUUAUUGGAAAGCAGCAUCAAGCUCAUCACCGUGCACUUUCACCAAACUGUGAAGUUCAUAACUUAUUUCAUCUGUAGCCUAAUAAACUGCAUGCUUCCCCGAGUCAUAGUGGGAAGACCACACAACAUCAUCCCGUGACUCCCAAGUUUACUUCGAUAUGAUGGUUAUCAUAUCAAUCUUUGCACAUAAAGGCAUUUUCACCACCAUUUCUCACAUAAUUAAUUUUACUGACACAAAAAGAUCCAACCUUGUCUAGCAUGUUUUGUUUUGUCAACAUUAGGGAAGUUUACAGACAAAUGUACUGUUCCAUCAGGCCUGUCGUGACAUGUUCUAUCCGACAUGUACUUUACUCGCAUAAAAAAGUUGGAUGAAACCUGGUUAAUGCUUAUCAAAAGCAGCUAUUGUUGUGGGGUUUGGAGAGAUUUAGAUCAAUCAAAAUCAGUGAUUCGGUUAUGGUCUUACUCUGGUUUCCUAGGUGACAGAGCUGAAGAGCCUGGCCAAUCACGUGGUGGUGGGGAAUGUGUCGUGUGAGACCAAGGACCUGUUUGCUGCUCUACCCCAGACAGUGGCCGUGGACAUCAAUGACCUGGGGACCAUCAAACUGAGUUUGGAGGUCACCUGGAAGUGAGUGGCCCAACGUGGCUUCUGCUUUGAAGUGGAGACCAAAUCAGUGGGAUAUAGAGGGUGUAUAGAGAGAGGAACUGUGUGUGUGUGCAUAUAUUUGUGUGUGGGUCUAGUAUUAAGUUUAUGUGCCCUUUUUAUUACUCUGUCAGCCCCUUCGACAAGGAUGACCAAGCCUCGACCACAAGCACGGUCAACAAACCCCCCACGGUGAACAAACGCUUCUCCACCUACAACCAGAGUCCUCCUGAUACCCCCUCCCUACGGGAACAGGCCUUCUAUGUGAGUACCCUAAACCUCUAACUCUGUCCCGUAAUCAGUGUCCUCUUUCGUAAUAUGGCCCAUAAUCCACAGAAUAAUUAACUGUAAUCUGGGUUCUAAAGUGGGAGCAAUUUGGUCGCAUAUGCAACAAAAUAUUUUGCUGUGUGACCUGGAGUUUUAUUUUGUGAGCACCAGUGCGACUAAAAGAAAAUCCAAAAAGCAAUAAUAAUGCAUAACAAUAUUUAGCCACAACACUUUUCUCUACACUGCUCCAACAAGAAAGGCUGCCUCCCGCUGCUGCUUGCUUCCAGUUCCCGGGCCACACACACGAAGCCCUGCCCCCUGUCACUCAAGCAGGCAGCAUACAGUAACUCCAUGCUGUUUAUUCUCUCUCUCUCUCAAUUCAUGCACACAACAUAUUCUUCCAAAACAAGAAUGAGCCACAGAGUUUCCAAAGCCGGAGGCGCAACAUUCUGAGACUUCCGGGAACGCUUGCGAAACAGACCAAGCAGACCAGGCCGGGGUUUGGAGUUUGAGAAGUCAAUGAGAAAAGUGAAACAUUCUUCCUUGGUUGAUAGUUUUCUCGAGCCAAUGUCUUAAGUAGUUGAACAUUUUAUUACUCCAACCUCGUGAAAGUGACAAACUGACACAUUUUCAUUUUAGCCAAAAACAACUUUAUAUCGAUUUGACGGCCUGCACAUGCACAGUUCGGCGCGAGACAACCGUUAGACACGAUUUGACGUGUUUCUGUGCAUUAGUAUAGCUAGCCAACAUCGCCAUGACAUCGCUGCAAGUGUGAUCGGGGAUUUCUAUUGGAGAAGCAGAUUCUGCCCAUCUUCAUACUGUACUUCUUUGACGAGGCUGCUUUCCACAUUGGUUCUAAAUAUGAAUCCAUGUUUUCUCUAUUAUACUAUCAGUUUGUGGAACUUGCUCUCUGCAAAACGUGAGUUAGUUAGUCUAAGGACGCUGGCAUGUACCUAAAAUAAUGCUAAUGUUAAUAGCGAACUAGCUAGCUGGCUAGCUAUGCACUAGCUAAGGCAAAAUAAAUGUUAGCUCUAAUACAGGUUGCUACCAGUGGUGGUGUAGAUCAGCAUAUUGUUUGUGCAACGGCAUGUUCUGAAUCAGGUAGCCUAUUCUAAAAUCUUUGUCUAUGCAACAUCUAUUCAACUGUGAUUAGAGUCCCCUGGGAAACACUGACCAACACUACCCUGUCAUAACUACUACUACUUGUUGUCAUGCCAAACAACACCAACCAUAUAAUUAGAAUAAUCAUUCUAUUUCUAUGAUUGCAACAGUUUGCCCAAGUGUUUUGAUCUACAGGUAUAUCGCAAGUGAAAUUGCAAUAUUUGGUUGAAAAAUCACAAUUAGAUGUUUUGCCCAUAUCGUGCAGCCCUACUAACAACCUGGUAACUUUAACAGUACAGUGCCUUCAGAAAGUAUGCAUACCCCUUGACAUACUCCACAUUUUGUUGUGCCUGAAUUCAAAAUGGGUUAAAUAUUUUUUUUCUCAUCCAUCUACACACAAUACCCCAUAAUGACAAAGUGAAAACAUGUUUGUAGAAAUGCUUGCAAAUGUAUUGAAAAUGAAAUACAGAAUUAGCUAAUUUACAUAAGUAUUCACGCCCCUGAAUCAAUACAUGUUAGAAUCACCUUUGGUAGCGAUUGCAGUUGUGAGUCUUUCUGGGUAAGUCCCUAAGAGCUUUGCACACCUGGAUUGUACAAUAUUUGCCCAUUUAUUAUUUUGUCAAAUUGGUUGUUGUUCAUUGCUAGACAACCAUUUUCAAGUCCUGCCAUAGAUUUUCAAGCAGAUUUAAGUCAAAACUGUUACUCGGCCACUCAGGAACAUUCACUGUCUUCUUGGUAAGCAACUUUAGAGUAGAUUUGGCCUUGUGUUUUAGGUUAUUGUCCUGCUGAAAGGUGCAUUUGUUUCCCAGUAUCUGGUGGAAAGCAGACUGAACCUGGUUUUCCUCUAGUAUUUUGCCUGUGCCUAGCUCCAUUCCAUGUAUUAUUUAUCCUGAUAAACUCCCCAGUCCUUAACGAUUACAAGCAUACCCAAAACAUGAUGCAGCCACCACUGUGUUUGAAAAUAUGGAGAGUGGUACUCAGUAAUGUGUUGGAUUGGAUUUUCCCCAAACAUAACACUUUGUAUUCAGGACAAAAACUUAAUUGCUUUGCCACAUGUUUUUGGAGUAUUACUUUAGUGCCUUGUUGCAAACAGGAUAUAUGUUUUGGAAUAUUUUUAUUCUGUACAGGCUUCCUUCUUUUCACUCUUUUAAUUAGGUUAGUAUUGUGGAGUAACUACAAUGUUGUUGAUCCAUCCUCAGUUUUCUCCUAUCGCAGCCAUUAAACUCUGUAACUGUUUUAAAGUUACCAUUGGCUUCAUCGUGAAAUCCCUGAGCGGUUUCCUUCCUCUCCGGCAACUGAGUUAGGAAGGACGCCUGUAUCUUUGUAGUGACUGGGUGUAUUGAUGCACCACCCAAAGUGUAAUUAAUAACUUCCCCAUGCUCAAAGGGAUAUUCAAUGUCUGUUUUUUUUUACCCAUUUACCAAUAGGUACCCUUCUUUGCGAGGCAUUUGAAAACCUUUCUGGUCUUUGUGGUUGAAUCUGUGUUUGAAAUUCCCUACUCGACUGUGGGACCAUACAGAUAAUUGUAUGUGUGGGGUACAGAGAUAAGGUAGUCAUAAAAAAAUUAUGUUAAACACUAUUAAUACACACAGAGUGAUGAGUCCAUGCAACUUAUUAUGUGACUUGUUAAGCAAAUGUUUACUCCUGAACUUAUUUAGGCUUGCCAUAACAAAGGGGUUGUAUACUUAUUGACUCAAGACAUUUCAGCUUUUCAUUUGUUAUUAAUUUGUAAAAAUGCAUAAUUACACGGAUAUUGUGUGUAGGCCAGUGACCAAAAAUCUCAAUUUAAUCAAUUUUAAAUUCAGGCUGUAACACAACAAAAUGUGGAAAAAGACAAGGGGCACUGUUUAUGCAAACAUUUGGUGGCACAGAAAUAAAGGAAAGGUGAUAUCUUCUUCAAGAGAUAUGCUUCAAAAGUAAGUAGGUUUGAUAUAUCUCAAUCAAUUUUAAAAAUACUUUUUCUGGUGCUCCUAAACUUUGUGGUGCUACUAAUUUAGAAAAGUUAGGAGCACCAGUGCUACCAAUGAUUUUUUAUUUAUUUAGAGCCCUGGCUGUAAUAGAGAAAUGGUUCUAGAAUGAAUCUGAAUGAUAGCCCAAUCCAGGACAUGUUCUGUUCUCUGUAACACAGCAUGUUUUCUGUCAGCAGGCUGUUGCUGUGCUGUUAACAUGCAGCAGUCGAACAGAGGAGUAUUUUUUUUUUUUUUUACACGUCCGCUGGGUUACAAAGCUAACAGGAUGUAUUGGUCUGUUUUGUCAGUGGGCAAGCUAAAUACUUCCAGCACCUAUUUGUCUUCCUUCAGUGACUUGAUUGAGUUAGAAGAAAGAGCUGCCACGUUGCAGUGCAGUGGAGUGUUUAGUCUAGCUGUGAUGUGUAGUAGAGGUGGCCCACUAGUGGACCUUUCUCACGGUCCUCUCCUACUUUACCUGGUGGUGUGAAGACUGCUCCGAGGAGCCUGUCGAGGAGCAUGAUGCCCCCCAAACAGCGCUGGUCCCUGCUGGAUGUGUUUCGUGACACACUGGCUGAGAGACUGUCUCAGAGCUGUUCCUGCAGCGACGUCUCCUCAGUCCACCUGGCCUCUGCUAACAUGCAGACUGACGUAAGUGCUGCUAGCCACUACAGAGAAAACCCACUAGAUCCCCUCUAGUCUCUAGUUAGCCCCGUGUAGCUCAGUUGGUAGAGCAUGGUGCUUGCAACGCCAGGGUUGUGGGUUCGAUUCCCACGGGGGGCCAGUAUGAAAAUGUAUGCGCUCACUAACUGUAAGUCGCUCUGAAUAAGAGCGUCUGCUAAAUGACUAAAAGGUAGUUACAUUUGUGGUAGAGCAUGGUAGUAGAACCUCCGUAGAAGAACUCUAGUAGAGAUCUUUACAGAUUGUUGUGCUGUCAUGUAGAUCCUCUGUAAUAUUGGCCACUGUAGAAUCUGUGUUCAUAGUCAGCUGUUGUGUCCCUUCUAUUUGGAUCUUAAAAGAGUCUUUAGUAGUCUUCGCUGCUACUCUCCAUAUGAAGCCUGUAUUUGUUGUUAUUGUUCCAGAGAGGUAAGCCUGGAUGCCCAGUGAAGCAGAGGCCUGAUAAAUGAGAAGUUAAUUAAAGGGAGCAGGGAGUCUGUUUGCUUUCUUGGCCAGAGGCCAGGCUGCUCUGCUCUGGUUUAUAAUUGAGGCCUGGCUGGCAUGGGCUCACAGGGGCCCUCGGCUCUCUUUCUCUCUGUCUGACUCUCAAUUAUCAUACUGUAUGUUAGCUGGAUAAGUCCCAUCUUCAAAAUGUGAUGGUUUAGUCUCCAUUUGACUUUGUCAUUCUUGUGCUCUUCCUCCCUCCCUCUUUCUCUUUCUCUCUCUCUCGCGCUCUCUCUCUUUCUCUCUCUCUCUAUCUCACUCUCUCUAGAACAUGCUGAGGAGGCAGGAAGAGAUGGAGAAUGGCACAGCCUGGUCUAACUCCUCUGAGUCAUCAGAUGACUCAUCCAGCCCUCAACUCUCCCUUGGGCUGCGUCACUCCAACAAGAACCUGGUCCAGCCAGAGGUCAAGGCAGCCACACCCUCCAUUGAAAUCUCCUUUGCCCUCCGAGACACUGCCACCUCCACCCCUACCCGCUCAGCCAAACCGGAGGAUGUGCAGGAGGAGACGCAGAAGGAGGAGUCAGACACUGGAGCAGCGGGGAAACAGGCGGUGCCUAACGGUCACGCCCGCUACUCACGCUCACUCAGCCAUAUCAGUGAGAACAGUGCCGAUGGUGUACUGACGGACAGGUCAACCAGCGAAUUUGUGGAGCCCUCUGAGGUCACCUCCCUGCAGUCUGGGAUCUCUAUAAAUGAUAUUGAGAUGGGGAUGCCUGCCAGGGCAGAGUCUGCCCUUAUUCCAGGAGAGACUGUGGUGGUCAGGGACACCUCUAAGCUACCUGCCCCAGCUACUGUGACCAUGGAGGAGAGCAGGCCGGAGAGCAGGUAUUCUGCAGUGUCUAUAGAGUCGGACACUGGGUUAGAGGUUGUUUCAGGGGCUGUUUCAGAAGUACAGCCAGAACUCCAGAGCUCUGCACCCACUAGGACUGAUGCUAUGUCUCAGCAAGGUGCCUCUCUGAAUCCCAGGCCAGACUCACAAGCACGGACCCAGAGCACAGAGGGCAUAUCAUACAGUGUCCACAGGGCAGUGGUGGUGGAGGAGGCCAAGACGCCUGGGGCUGUAGUAGAGCCCAGGCCAACAGAGGGUGAGAAGCAGCAGGCUGUGGACAGUGGAGUUGAGGAAGCCCUGAGUGCAGUCAUCUCCUCUCUGGAUGACUACAGGGGACAGUUUCCUGAGUUACAGGUCCUGGAGCAGGAGUUACAACUACUGGAGGAGACAUUAACAGUGAGUUACAGCUGUGUGUGUGUGUGUGUGUGUGUGUGUGUGUGUGUGUGUUGCACCUCACAAUGGAAAUGGCCACUUCAUAAGAGUGAGGGGGGCAUUAGUGGGGGCUGAGUAUAUUUCAGCAUCCCAGAAUACCACAGUUCCCUGUGGGACUGCGAUCAGGGUGCGGAACUUCCUGCCCCUCAGCUCAGUCUGAAUAUUUCCAUCCCACAAUGCUGCAGCAGGAGAUGUGUGUACUGUCGCUGGGCGGCCGUCUGCCUGCUACACGUACGCACACCCAGCCCCUUCCCAGCUGAGACACAGAUACACAUCAGAGCUCGCUCUGAGCCAAACCCACUGACAAGGCGAUAGGAAACAGAAAGAUUAUGCUUUUCUAUUAUUCUUCAUUUCAUCAUGUCAUAAUUUUAGGACACACUGUUUUAUUCCCAGACACUUUCCUCAGAUUAUCCAUUUCCAAAUAGGGGGUGUAUUCUCACAAUCAGGACUUACAGUGCCUUCAGAACGUAUUCAUACCCCUUGACUUAUUCCACAUUUUGAUGUGUUACAGCCUGAAUUAAAAAUGGAUUAAAUAUGUUUUUUUUCUCACCCAUCUACUCACAAUACCUCAAAAUGACAGUGAAAACAUGUUUUUAGAUAAUUUGUGCAACGUUAUUGAGAAAUAAAUACAGAAAUAUCUUAUUUAUAUUAGUAUUCAAACCCAUUUUCAAUGACACUCCAAAUUCAGCUCAGGUGCAUCCAAUUUCCUUUUGAUCAUCCUUGAGAUGUCACUAAAAUGGAGUCCACCUGUGGCCAAUUCAGUUGUUUGGACAUGAUUUAGAAAGAAACACACCUGUCUAUAUAAGGUCCCACAGUUGACAGUGCAUGUCAGAGCAGAAACUAUACCAUGAAGGCCAAGGAACUGUCCGUAGAUAUCCGAGAUAGAAUUGUGAUGAGGCAUAUAUCUGGGGAAUGGUAUAAAACAAUUUCUAGAGUGUUGAACGUUUCCAAGAGCACAGUGGUCUCCAUCAUUUGGAAAUGGAAAAAAUAUGGAAAUACCCAGACUGCCUAGAGCUGGCCAUCCGACCAAACUGAGCAACCGGGCAAGAAGGACCUUGGUCUGGGAGGUGACCAAGAACUCAGUGACCACUCUGACAGAACUACAGAGUACCUUGGCUGAGAUGGGAGAACCUACCAGAAGGACAACAGUCUCCACAGCGCUUCACCAAUCUGGGCUUUAGUGGCCAGACGGAUGCCACGCCUGAGAAAAAUGCACAUGAAGGCACGCCUGGAGUUUGCAAAAAGACACGUGAAAGACAGAGCAUAAGGCAAAGGUUUCUGUGGUCUGAUGAGACCAACAUUUUACUCUUUGGCCUGAAUGCAAAGCGCUAUUUCUGGAGAAAACCAGGCACAGCUCAUCACCCAUCUAACACCAUCCCUACGUGAAGCAUGGUGGUGGCAGGAUCAUGCUAUGGGGAUGCUUUUCAGCGGCAGGGACUGGGAGACUGGUAAGGAUAGAGGGAACAAUUAAUGGAGCCAAGUUCAGGCAAAUCCUUGUUGAGAACCUUUCAGAGUGCAAACGACCUUGGACUGGGGCAAAGAUCUACGUUCCAACAGGACAAUGACCCCAAGCAUACAGCAUACAAUGCUGGAAUGGCUUCAGAAAAAGAAUGUGAAAGUCCUUGAGUGGGCUAGCCAAAGCCCAGAUUUGAACCCCAUUGAACAUUUAUGGAAAGACUUGAAGAUUGCUGUUCACCACAGCUCCACAUCUAACUUAACAGAGCUUGAGAACAUCUGCAAGGAAGAAUGGGAGAAAAUCCCCAAAUCCAGAUGUGCAAAACUGAUAGACAUACCAAAGACGACUCAAACUGUACUCAAAGCUGUAAUCGCUGCCAAAGGUGCUUCUACAAAGUAUUGACUCAGCGGUAUCAAUACUUAUGUAAAUUAGAUUUCUGUAUUUCAUUUUCAAUAAAUGUGCAACACAGCAAAAUGUGGUAUAAGUCAAGGGGUAUGAAUACUUUCUUAAGGCACUGUAUAUGGCAUUAAAGUGGAUUGGUGAAAAAUAAAAGGUUUUGUCAGUAUGUUUGAGUACAUGUGUGCAUGUCUCUCUAUAACAAGUGUGUUCUAAAGGGCCGCACCUGCAGUCGUUCGUCCAGUGUCCAGAGUCUGACGGUGGAGACGGCCCUGGGCAGCUUUGACUUUCUCAACACCUCAGACCUGGAGGAUGAAGAGGAGGAGAACGGGGAGAAGAGGAGUGUGACGGACAGGUCAGGUUCCAUAAAAUGGCUUCCCUCCCUAAAUUCCAUCACAGUUAUACAGAUUACAAGUUUUGUUCGUAAAGGAGAUAGUUUUAUUUCCCUGUGGUCACUUACUGCCAUCUAGUGAAGAGAUCCCACAACACAGCUUUAAAUAUGCUGGAUGUGAGUGAUGAUGAGAGAAGGUCAUUGGUAUUCUGAAUGAUAAUGACUUCACCUGGUCUAAAUGUGACGUGACAUUUUUAAAAACAUUUUAGUCAUUUUAGCAGACGCUCUUAUCCAGAGCGACUUAUAGGUGCAAUCAGGGUUAAGUGCCUUGCUCAAGGGCACAUCGACAGAUGUUUCACCUAGUCGACUCAGGGAUUAGAACCAGCGACCUUUCGGUUACUGGCACAACGCUCUUAACCACUAAGCUACCUGCCGCUACCUGUAGUGACAAGCCAUGGCUCUCUGGGGUACCACUCUUUGGCAACAACUUUCCUGAUGUUCUCAGCGUUUCCCCUAGGAUUUUAUUCAGCAGCAGUGGCAAAGUUAGUGGUGGUGGGGGGGGGGGGGGGGGGGGGGGGGUACUCUCGUGUCCCCUGUCCCCUGUCGUGUCCCCUGUAGCUCAGUUGGUAGAGCAUGGCGCUUGCAACGCCAGGGUUGUGGGUUCGUUUCCCACGGGGGGCCAGUAUGAAAAUGUAUGCACUCACAAACUGUAAGUCGCUCUGGAUAAGAGCGUCUGCUAAAUGACUAAAAUGUAAAUGUAAUGUAAAUGUGUCUAAAGGCACUGUCACGACCAAGAGGCCCAUUUUGCUAUUUAAAGCUAUGGGGCAGAUUUAUUUUGUUGCAGUUUUAAAGCUAGAUUCCUGCAAUUCUACAAAUUUUGUCAUAGGGCUGAGAGAAAAUGUUUUAAAGCAAAUUUCCUGCAAUUCUACACAUUUGCCAUGGAUUAUGCUGUGUUCUGAUGCUAUCUGAGUGACUCAAACAUUAUAACAAAAUAAAUGGGGGCCCAUGACAUUUUGGGAAUUUUAGAUUUUCCCUUUUUUAUUUUGGUGUUAGUUCUCAAAGAUGAUCUCAUUUAUAAAAUAUAUAGCUCUAUUGUCUUUUCUACAUACUUUAUAUCUGGUUUUAGCCAUUUAAAGUAACACAAACAUCUUACCAUCCCGAAAAUUAAUUUCAACAAUAAGUAAAUGUAUACUGUUUAUUUAUUUAUAUUUAUUUAUUAUACUGUGCCUUCAGAAAGUAUUUGCACCCCUUGACUUGUUCCAUAUUUUGUUGUUACAAGGUGGGAUUAAAAUGAUUUAAUUGUGUUCUUUUUUUAAAUGAUCUACACAAAAUACUAAUGUCAAAGUGGAAAAUAUCUGUAAAGAAAAAGACAAUUAAUAAAAUAAAUAUAAAACAUAUCUUGAUUAGAUAAGUGUUCAACCCCCUGAGUCAAUGCAUGUUAGUCACCUUUGGCAGUGAUUUACAGCUGUGAGUCUUUCUGGGUAAGUCUCUAACAGAUUUCCACACCAGGAUUGUACAAUACUUGCACAUUAUUAUUUUCAAAAAUUCUUCAAGCUCUGUCAAGUUGGUUGUUGUUGGUUGUUGAUCAUUGCUAGCUAGCAAUUUCCAAGUCUUGCCAUAGAUUUUCAAGUCAAAACUGUAACUAGGCCACUCAGAAACAUUCAAUGUCAUCUUGGUAAACAACUCCAGUGUAUAUUUUACCUUGUGUUUUAGGUUUUUGUCCUGCUGAAAUUUGUCUCCCAGUUUGUGUUGGAAAGCAGACUGAUUUUGUCUGUGCUGAUUAAUAUUCCAUUUGAUUUGUAUCCAAAAAAACUCCCUAGUCCUUGCCAAUGACAAGCAUACCCAUAACAUGAUGCAGCCACCACCAUGCUUAAAAAUAUGAAGAGUGGUACUAGGUAAUGUGUUGUGUUGGAUUUCCCUCAAAUCAUAACGCUUUGUAUUCUGGACAAAGUUUUUUCUAUUUUUAUUCUGUACAGGCUUCCUUCUUUUCAUUCUGUCAUUUAGGUUAGUAUUGUGGAGUAACUACAAUGUUGUUGAUCCAACCUCAGUUUUCUCCUGUCACAGCCAUUAAACUCUGUAACUGUUUUUAAAGUCGCCAUUGGCCUCAUGGUGAAAUCCCUGAGUGGUUUCCUACCUCUCCGGCAACUGAGUUAGAAAGGAUGCCUGUGUCUUUGUAGUGACUGGGUGUUUUGAUAUACCAUCCAAAGUGUAAUUAAUAACUUCACCAUGCUCAAAGGGAUAUUCAAUGUCUGCUUUUUUUAAAACCAUUUACCAAUAGGUGCCCUUCUUUGCGAGGCAUUUGAAAACCUUUCUGGUCUUUGUGGUUGAAUCUGUGUUUGAAAUUCACAGCUCGACUGAGGGACCUUACAGAUAAUUGUGUGGGGUACAGGGAUGAAGUAGUAAUUCAAAAUUCAUGUGAAACAUGCAUAUUAUUUGGUGACUUGUUAAGCACAUUUCUACUCCUGAACUUAGGCUUGCCAAAACACUUAUUGUCUCAAGACAUUACAGCUUUUCGUUUUUAAUUAAUUUGUAAACAUUUCAAAAAAUAUAAUUCCACGUUGACAUUAUGGGAUAUAGUGUGUAGGCCAGUGACACAAAAUCUCUAUUUAAUCCAUUUAAAAUUCAGGCUGUAACUCAACAAGAUGUGGAAAAAGUCAAGGGGUGUGAAUACUUUCUGAAGGCACUGUAUGUAUGUACAGUAUGUAUGUAUGUGUACGUACAUACAGUGGGGAGAACAAGUAUUUGAUACACUGCCGAUUUUGCAGAUUUUCCUACUUACAAAGCAUGUAGAGGUCUGUAAUUUUUUAUCAUAGGUACACUUCAACUGUGAGAGACGGAAUCUAAAACAAAAAUCCAGAAAAUCACAUUGUAUGAUUUUUAAGUAAUUAAUUUGCAUUUUAUUGCAUGACAUAAGUAUUUGAUCACCUACCAACCAGUAAGAAUUCCGGCUCUCACAGACCUGUUAGUUUUUCUUUAAGAAGCCCUCCUGUUCUCCACUCAUUACCUGUAUUAACUGCACCUGUUUGAACUCGUUACCUGUAUAAAAGACACCUGUCCACACACUCAAUCAAACGGACUCCAACCUCUCCACAAUGGCCAAGACCAGAGAGCUGUGUAAGGACAUCAGGGAUAAAAUUGUAGACCUGCACAAGGCUGGGAUGGGCUACAGGACAAUAGGCAAGCAGCUUGGUGAGAAGGCAACAACUGUUGGCGCAAUUAUUAGAAAAUUGAAGAAGUUCAAGAUGACGGUCAAUCACCCUCGGUCUGGGGCUCCAUGAAAAAUCUCACCUUGUGGGGCAUCAAUGAUCAUGAGGAAGUUGAGGGAUCAGCCCAGAACUACACGGCAGGACCUGGUCAAUGACCUGAAGAGAGCUGGGACCACAGUCUCAAAGAAAACCAUUAGUAACACACUACGCCGUCAUGGAUUAAAAUCCUGCAGCACACGCAAGGUCCCCCUGCUCAAGACAGCGCAUGUCCAGGCCCGUCUGAAGUUUUUUUUUUUUUUUUUUUUUUUUUUGUAGUCAUUUAGCAGACGCUCUUAUCCAGAGCGACUUACAGGAGCAAUUAGGGUUAAGUGCCUUGCUCAAGGGCACAUCGACAGAUUUUUCACCUAGUCGUUGCCAAUGACCAUCUGGAUGAUCCAGAGGAGGAAUGGGAGAAGCUCAUGUGGUCUGAUGAGACAAAAAUAUAGCUUUUUGGUCUAAACUCCACUCGCAGUGUUUGGAGGAAGAAGAAGGAUGAGUACAACCCCAAGAACACCAUCCCAACCGUGAAGCAUGAAGGUGGAAACAUCAUUCUUUGGGGAUGCUUUUCUGCAAAGGGGACAGGACGACUGCACCGUAUUGAGGGGAGGAUGGAUGGGGCCAUGUAUCGCGAGAUCUUGGCCAACAACCUCCUUCCCUCAGUAAGAGCAUUGAAGAUGGGUCGUGGCUGGGUCUUCCAGCAUGACAACGACCCGAAACACACAGCCAGGGCAACUAAGGCAUGGCUCUGUAAGAAGCAGCUCAAGGUCCUGGAGUGGCCUAGCCAGUCUCCAGACCUGAACCCAAUAGAAAAUCUUUGGAGGGAGCUGAAAGUCCGUAUUGCCCAGCAACAGCCCCGAAACCUGAAGGAUCUGGAGAAGGUCUGUAUAGAGGAGUGGGCCAAAAUCCCUGCUGCAGUGUGUGCAAACCUGGUCAAGACCUACAGGAAACGUAUGAUCUCUGUAAUUGCAAACAAAUGUUUCUGUACCAAAUAUUAAGUUCUGCUUUUCUGAUGUAUCAAAUACUUAUGUCAUGCAAUAAAAUGCUAAUUAAUUACUUAAAAAUCAUACAAUGUGAUUUUCUGGAUUUCUGUUUUAGAUUCCGUCUCUCACAGUUGAAGUGUACCUAUGAUAAAAAUUACAGACCUCUACAUGCUUUGUAAGUAGGAAAACCUGCAAAAUCAGCAGUGUAUCAAAUACUUGUUUUCCCCACUGUACAUACUGAGCAAAAAUAUAAACCCAACAUGUAAAGUUUCAUGAGCUGAAAUAAAAGAUCACAAAAAUUUUCCAUAUGCACAAAUAGCUUAUUUCUCUCAAAUGUUGUGCAUAAAUUUGUUUAAAUCCCUGUUAGUGAGCAUUCGUCCUUUGCCAAGAUAAUCCAUCCACCUGAUAGGUGUGGCAUAUCAACAAGCUGAUUAAACAGCAUGAUCAUUACACAGGUGCACCUUGUGCUGAGGACAAUAAAAGGCCACUCUAAGAUGUGCGUUCUGUCACACAACACAAUGCCGCAGAUGUCUCAAGUUUUAAGGUUUGUGUGCAAUUGGCAUGCUAACUGCAGGAAUGUUAUUUAUUUAUCAUAUUUUUUGGAGUGGCGGCAACGAAUUAGCAGUGGUGGCUAAAUAAAUAUAAGGGAAAACUGGUGCUCAUAUGGAAGAGGAAGCGAGACAUCCCACUCAUUUUUUUCUGGUUCAAUGAAAGCCAUGGCAAGCGGUACUGUAGCGUUAAUUGAAAUGCAUUCCUGGUGAGAUAGUCACCUGGAAUGCAUUUCAAUUAACAGGUGUGUCUUCUUAAAAGUUAAUUUGUGGAAUUUCAUUCCUUCUUAAUGCGUUUGAGACAAUCAGUUGUGUUGUGACAAUAUAGGGGAGGUAUACAGAAGAUAGCCCUAUUUGGUAAAAGACCAAGUCCAUAUUAUGGCAAGAACAGCUCAAAUAAGCAAAGAGAAACGACAGUCCAUCAUUACUUUAACACAUGAAGGUCAGUCAAUACGGAACAUUUCAAGAACUUUUAACGUUUCUUCAAGUGCAGUCGCAAAAUCCAUCAAGCGCUAUGAUGAAACUGGCUCUCAUGAGGACCGCCACAGGAAUGGAAGACCCAGAGUUACCUCUGAUGCAGAGGAUAAGUUCAUUAAAGUUACCAGCCUCAGAAAUUGCAGCCCAAAUAAAUGCUUAAUGGAGUUCAAGUAACAGACACAUCACAACAUCAACUGUUCAGAGGAGACUGUGUGAAUCAUGCCUUCAUGGUCGAAUUGCUGCAAAGAAACCACUACUAAAGGACACCAAUAAAAGAAGAGACUUGCUAGGGCCAAGAAACACGAGCAAUAGACAUUAGACCGGUGGAAAUGUGUCCUUUGAUCUGAAGUCCCAAUAUGAGAUUUUUGGUUCCAACCGCUGUGGCUUUGUGAGACGCGGUGUCUCCGCGGAUGAUCUCUGCAUGUGUAUUUCCCACCGUAAAGCAUGGAGGAGGAGGUGUUAUGGUGUGGGGGUGCUUUGCGGGUGACACUGUCUGUGAUUUAUUUAGAUUUCAAGGCACACUUAACCAGCAUGGCUACCACAGCAUUCUGCAGUGAUACGCCAUCCCAUCUGGUUUAGGCUUAGUGGGACUAUCAUUUGUUUUUCAACAGGACAAUGACCCAACACACCUCCAGGCUGUGUAAGGGCUAUUUUACCAAGAAGGAGAGUGAUGGAGUGCUGCAUCAGAUGACCUGGCCUCCACAAUCCCCCGACCUCAACCCAAUUGAGAUGGUUUGGGAUGAGUCGGACCGCAGAGUGAAGGAAAAGCAGCCAACAAGUGCUCAGCAUAUGUGGAAACUCCUUCAAGACUGUUGGAAUAGCAUUCCAGGUGAAGCUGGUUGAGAGAAUGCCAAGCGUCUGCAAAGCUGUCAUCAAGGCAAAGGGUGGCUAUUUGAAGAACCUUAAAUAUAUAUUAUAUAUUUUGAUUUGUUUAACACUUUUUUGGUUACUACAUGAUUCCAUAUGUGUUAUUUCAUAGUUUUGAUGUCUUCACCACUAUUCUACAAUGUAGAAAAUAGUAAAAAUAAAGAAAAACCUUGGAAUGAGGCGGUGUCCAAACCUUUGACUGGUACUGUAUGUAUGUAUGUAUGUACAGUUGAAGUCGGAGGUUUACAUACACCUUAGCCAAAUACAUUUAAACUCAGUUUUUCACAAUUCCUGACAUUUAAUCCUAGUAAAAAUUCCCUGUCUUCGGGUCAGUUAGGAUCACCACUUUAUUUUAAGAAUGUGAAAUGUCAGAAUAAUAGUAGAGAAUUAUUUAUUUCAGCUUUUAUUACUUUCAUCACAUUCCAGGUGGGUCAGAAGUUUACAUACACUCAAUUAGUAUUUGGUAGCAUUGCCUUUAAAUUGUUUAACUUGGUUCAAACGUUUCGGGUAGCCUUCCACAAGCUUCCCACAAUAAGUUGGGUGAAUUUUGGCCCAUUCCUCCUGAUAGAGCUUGUGUAACUGAGUCAGGUUUGUAGGCCUCCUUGCUCGCACACGCUUUUUCAGUUCUGCCCACAAAUGUUCUAUAGGAUUGACGUCAGGGCUUUGUGAUGGCCACUCCAAUACCUUGACUUUGUUGUCCUUGAGCCAUUUUGCCACAACUUUGGAAGUAUGCUUGGGGUCAUUGUCCAUUUGGAAGACCCAUUUGCGACCAAGCUUUAACUUCCUGACUGAUGUCUUGAGAUGUUGCUUCAAUAUAUCCACAUCAUUUUCCUUCCUCAUGAUGCCAUCUAUUUUGUGAAGUGCACCAGUCCCUCCUGCAGCAAAGCACCCCCAUAGCAUGAUGCUGCCACCCCCAUGCUUCACGGUUGGGAUGGUGUUCUUCAGCUUGCAAGCGUUCCCCUUUUUCCUCCAAACAUAACGAUGGUCAUUAUGGCCAAACAGUUCUAUUUUUGUUUCAUCAGACCAGAAGACAUUUCUCCAAAAAGUACGAUCUUUGUCCCCAUGUGCAGUUGCAAACCGUAGUCUGGCUUUUUUAUGGCGGUUUUGGAGCAGUAGCUUCUUCCUUGCUGAGCGGCCUUUCAGGUUAUGUCGAUAUAGGACUCGUUUUACUGUGGAUAUAGAUACUUUUGUACCUGUUUCCUCCAGCAUCUUCACAAGGUCUUUUACUGUUGUUCUGGGAUUGAUAUGCACUUUUCGCACCAAAGUACGUUAAUCUCUAGGAGACAGAACUCGUCUCCUUCCUGAGCGGUAUGACGGCUGCAUGGUCCCAUGGUGUUUAUACUUGGGUACUAUUUUUUGUACAGAUGAACGUGGUACCUUCAGGCGUUUGGAAAUUGCUCCUAAGGAUGAACCAGACUUGUGGAGCUCUACAAUUUUUCUUCUGAGGGCUGAUUUCUUUUGAUUUUCCCAUGAUGUCAAGCAAAGAGGCACUGAGUUUGAAGGUAUUUGCCUACCCGGCACGUAGGGCAGCUAAAUCGAGUACACCUACCACCAACAGCGCAAGAUUAAUAAAAAAAUUAGGAACGCAAGGCUUUAUCAUUGGGUGUUUUACAUAAAUGUUUUUUGAUCGACUAGGAAUGCCUUGGACCGGUUGGUGACCACUGAUCUAUGCAUACUCACUUUACCCCUACCUACAUGUACAUAUUACCUCAACUACCUUGACUAACCUUUACCCCUGCACAUUGACCCUGUACCAGUACCCCUUGUACAGUAUAUAGCCUUGUUAUUCUUAUUUUAUUUAGUUACUAUUUUUAUUUUAUUUUAUUUAGCAAAUUUGUCUUACUUUAUUUUUAACUACAUUGUUGGUUAAGGACUUGUAAGUAAGCAUUUCACAGUAAGGUCUACUACACCUGUUGUAUUCGGCACAUGUGACAAAUACAAUUUGAUUUGAUUUGAAGUCAAUGAACUAAGUAGACUAGACCCAGCUGCUAUUGCAUUUGGUGUUUAUGGGAGACACACCCAGUUAAGUAGACCGGAAGUUACCUUUUUUUUCAAUGGUAAAUGGCCUGAGUGAGCUAUCUUCAUUUUUUCCACCCUCUUUGCUCAUACUGUACCUGUACUCCUGUGUGGAUGUUGUGUUUAGUGAGCGCCACAGUGCCCCCUGCAGGCCGUCAGAGGAGAGUGCAGAGGGAGAUGAAGAUCGUGAGAAGAGAUGCUGGGAGUUCCCCUCCUCUGGACCUGUGAGCACUGGCUGCCAGGCUCUAGACCACGCCCUACUGGUUCAUCUGAAGAAUUGCAGCGCCCAACUUCUGGUGAGGUUCAUGAUUUACUCCAUCAUGAUUUACUCCAUAUAUGAGUAACAAAACACUAUUCCCACCACUGCAAAACACACCAUGGUCUCACUGGGCACACUACGGCAUUUCAACGUGGAUAAUUGGGUAAUAUUUGGUGGAGACGUUGAUCAAUGACAUUACAACUUACAGUAUAUUCACCCACUCAAAAAGACAGCCAAAGGUUAGUUGAAUUUCCAAUGUGUUAUCACUAUGCUUUCAACCAUCUAAAAGCACAACAAAAUGUAUAUGGAUGUUUUUUCAGAUUUGAUUUAGUUGUCACUCAAAUGUCUAUCACUGGCUUUCAACCAUUUUAAAAGCACAGCAAAGUUCAAAUGGGAAUACAAUGUCAGAUAUUUUGUUUAUUUAUACAACAGACUAAUGUGAUCACUGUGCUUCAUCUAAUAGCACAACCAAAUGACCUGGCUGGGCCCAGUUUCCCGAUAGCGAUGGAAUUUAAAGGCUUACGAGUGUUUUAACAAUGCAUUGCUCCUACAACGGCCGAAGAUGUAACAUGUUUCCCAAAACACAACGCAGAGACAAUGCUCACUAUGUGCGCCGUUGAGGCAUGCAUGUGUUGAUACUGGUAGGAUCGAAAAGAAAAGCAGCGCUGCUCUUGGAUCAGCUUUCCAUUGAAACGUUACCUUAACAUUCAAAUUAUUCCACAAUACUGACAACGGAUCAACUUCUAGAGAUAUAUUAUCACCUAUGGCUGCAAAUAUUGAGGCGCACAUCAUUGCGCCCAUUACACAUAAAAUAUAUUGAGUAACAAAUUACAGACCGUAGCCAAUAUGAUUUGAAAUAUAUAGACAUGUAGCUUAUAGGCCUACUGCAUUUAACUUUUAAAGUAGUCCUCUCGGUUUUCAUUUGAAGCAUAAUUUUAUCCUCUGUAACAAUUGCAAAAACAUUGUCAACUUUAGUCUAUUUGUAGUCAACUUUGUUUUGAAGUUAUCAGUGGUCACAGAGAGACAGAUAAACAUACUGAUUCUGUGUUUACCGGAGAUCUUCUGUAUAUAAAGUGAUGCGGAAGGGACACACUUAGUUGUUUUACGAGUGGUCUGAGGCAGUCGGUAAAUAACAAGCGUUUUCAAGUGCAACUUUAGUAACGAUGGUUUUGGGAAACAGCUCAGAGAUUUAACGAUGCUCCUACUGAAUUUAGCCUUAAGAUGCUUUUGUGAAACCGGGCCCUGGAUUGCAGAUUAAUUACAUUAAAAGUACAUGGUGCAAGUGAUCAAUGCCGUUCGAGAUGAUUAAAAGUACAUGGUGCAAGUGAUCAAUGCUGUUCGAGAUGCUGCAUAGAUUAUUACAGCAAUUGUGAAGACAUACAAUUAUCUGUAAGGUCCCUCAGUCAAGCAGUGAAUUUCAAACACAUAUUCAACCACAAAAUGCAGGGAGGUUGUCCAAUGCCUGACAAAGAAGGGCACCUAUUUGUAAUUUUAAAAAAGCAGACAUUGAAUAUCCCUUUGAGCAUGGUGAAGUUAUUAAUUACACAUUGGAUGGUGUAAUUAAUAAGGGGAAGGAAACCGCUCAGGGAUUUCACCACUUUAAAACAUUAAACAGUUGAAUGGCUGUGAUAGGAGAAAACUGAGGCUGGAUCAACAACAUUGUAGUUACUCCACAAUAUUAACUUAAAUGACAGAGUGAAAAGAAGGAAGCCUGUACAGAAUAUACAGUGAGGGGAAAAAAGUAUUUGAUCCCCUGCUGAUUUUGUACGUUUGCCCACUGACAAAGAAAUGAUCAGUUUAUAAUUUUAAUGGUAGGUUUAUUUGAACAGUGAGAGAAAAAAAUCCAGAAAAACGCAUGUCAAAAAUGUUAGAAAUUGAUUUGCAUUUUAAUGAGGGAAAUAAGUAUUUGACCCCUCUGCAAAACAUGACUUGGUACUUGGUGGCAAAACCCUUGUUGGCAAUCAGAGGUCAGACGUUUCUUAUAGUUGGCCACCAGGUUUGCACACAUCUCAGGAGGGAUUUUGUCCCACUCCUCUUUGCAGAUCUUCUCCAAGUCAUUAAGGUUUCGAGGCUGACGUUUGGCAACUCGAACCUUCAGCUCCCUCCACAGAUUUUCUAUGGGAUUAAGGUCUGGAGACUGGCUAGGCCACUCCAGGACCUUAAUGUGCUUCUUCUUGAGCCACUCCUUUGUUGCCUUGGCCGUGUGUUUUGGGUCAUUGUAAUGCUGGAAUACCCACCACGACCCAUUUUCAAUACCCUGGCUGAGGGAAGGAGGUUCUCACCCAAGAUUUGACGGUACAUGGCCCCGUCCAUCGUCCCUUUGAUGCGGUGAAGUUGUCCUGUCCCCUUAGCAGAAAAACACCCCCAAAGCAUAAUGUUUCCACCUCCAUGUUUGACGGUGGGAAUGGUGUUCUUGGGGUCAUAGGCAGCAUUCCUCCUCCUCCAAACACGGCGAGUUGAGUUGAUGCCAAAGAGCUCGAUUUUGGUCUCAUCUGACCACAACACUUUCACCCAGUUCUCCUCUGAAUCAUUCAGAUGUUCAUUGGCAAACUUCAGACGGGCCUGUAUAUGUGCUUUCUUGAGCAGGUGGACCUUGCGGGCGCUGCAGGAUUUCAGUCCUUCACGGCGUAGUGUGUUACCAAUUGUUUUCUUGGUGACUAUGGUCCCAGCUGCCUUGAGAUCAUUGACAAGAUCCUCCCGUGUAGUUCUGGGCUGAUUCCUCACCGUUCUCAGGAUCAUUGCAGCUCCACAAGGUGAGAUCUUGCAUGGAGCCCCAGGCCGAGGGAGAUUGACAGUUAUUUUGUGUUUCUUCCAUUUGCAAAUAAUCGCACCAACUGUUGUCACCUUCUCACCAAGCUGCUUGGCGAUGGUCUUGUAGCCCAUUCCAGCCUUGUGUAGGUCUACAAUCUUGUCCCUGACAUCCUUGGAGAGCUCUUUGGUCUUGGCCAUGGUGGAGAGUUUGGAAUCUGAUUGAUUGAUUGCUUCUGUGGACAGGUGUCUUUUAUACAAGUAACAAGCUGAGAUUAGGAGCACUCCCUUUAAGAGUGUGCUCCUAAUCUCAGCUCGUUACCUGUAUAAAAGACACCUGGGAGCCAGAAAUCUUUCUGAUUGAGAGGGGGUCAAAUACUUAUUUCCCUCAUUAAAAUGCAAAUCAAUUUAUAACAUUUUUGACAUGCGUUUUUCUGGAUUUUUUUGUUGUUAUUCUGUCUCUCGCUGUUCAAAAACACCUACCAUUAAAAUUAUAGACUGAUAAUUUCUUUGUCGGUGGGCAAACGUACAAAAUCAGCAGGGGAUCAAAUACUUUUUUCCCUCACUGUACAUAUUCCAAAACAUGCAUCCUUUUGCAAAUUAAGGCACUAACGUAAAUAUGCAAAAAUGUGGCAAAGAAAUUAACUUUGGGGCAAACACAACACAUCACAGUACCACUCUUCAUAUUUUUAAGCAUGGUGGUGGCUGAAUCAUGCUAUGGCUAUGCUUGUCAUUGGCAAGGACUAGGGAGUUUUUUUAAAUAAAAAUAAACGGAAUAGAGCUAAGCACAGGCAAAAUCCUAGAGGAAAACCUGGUUCAGUUUGCUUUCCAACAGACACUGUGAGACAGGACAAUAACAUAAAACACAAGGCCAAAUAUACACAAGUUUCUUACCAAGACGACAUUGAAUGUCCUAGUUACAGUUUUGACUUACACUACUGGUCAAAAGUUUUAGAACACCUACUCAUUCAAGGGUUUUUCUUUAUUUUUUACGAUUUUCUACAUUGUAGAAUAAUAGUGAAGACAAAAUAACCUCUGUACGCCUAUGUAGAUAUUCCAUAAAAAAUCAGCAGUUUCCAGCUACAAUAGCCAUUUACAACAUUAAUAAUGUCUACACUGUAUUUCUGAUCAAUUUGAUGUUAUUUUAAUGGACAAAAAAAUUGCUUUUCUUUUCGAAAAUAAGGACAUUUCUAAGUGACCCCAAACUGUUGAAUGGUAGUGUAUGUUGGAUUCACAUCUCCAUCUCAACCAAAAAUCUAAGUUAUAGAAUCAAAUCAAAUCAAAUUGUAUUUUUCACGUGCGCCGAAUACAACAGAUGUAGACCUUACCGUGAAAUGCUUACUUACAAGCCCUUAACCAACAAUGCAGUUCAAGAAAUGGUUAAGAAAAUAUUUACAAAAUAAACUAAAGCAAUGUAAAUAGUCUGGGUGGCCAUUUCAUUUAUUGUUCAGCAGUCUUAUGGCUUGGGGGUAGAAGCUGUUAAGGAGCCUUUUGGACCUAGACUUGGAGCGCCGGUACCGCUUGCCAUGCAGUAGCAGAGAGAAAAGUCUAUGACUUGGGUGACUGGAGUCUUUGACAGUUUUUUGGGAAUGCUGAGCUGCAGUCAAUGAACAGCAUUCUCACAUAGGUGUUCCUUUUGUCCAGGUGGGAAAGGGCAGUGUGGAGUGCGAUUUGAGAUUGCGCCAUCUGUGGAUCUGUUGGGGCGUUAUGCAAAUUGGAGUGGGUCUAGGGUUUCCGGUAUGAUGGUGUUGAUGUGAGCCAUGACCAGCCUUUCUAAGCACUUCAUGGCUACCGACGUGAGUGCUAUGGGGCGGUAGUCAUUUAGGCAGGUUACCUUCGCUUUCUUGGGCACAGGGACUAUGGUGGUCUGCUUGAAUAGGACUAAUUCAAAUCAAACUUUAAAUUCACUUUAAAUAAAGUUUGAUUUUGAUGUAGUCAUAUUCUUUAACUUACAUUUUUGGUUGAGAUGGAGUAGUGAAUCCAAUUUAUCCCAUUUUAAUUUGUAGACAAACUGGAUUUAAAUCAUAGACAAAAUAUCAUUACAUUUUAAAAUCAACCAGAGCUUGAAACCUUAGGACUAUUGUAUUGUCUAUUUUUAGUAAAAUUCUGGGUUGAAUUAAAACAAUUGCUAUUGAUGACUUUGCUAAUGCUAUAUAGGCCUAAAUAGCAUAAUUGAUGAUUGAUAGGUAAAGUAUGGUCCCAUUUUCAUUUGCUCUGUUAAACCUACCCUUUUGGAAUGACUGAUACCCUUUGGAAUUACUUAGAUAAAAUCUAUUUCAUUUUUUAAGUUGAUCUCUCAUCAAUCAUUAUCACGAUAGCAUAUUGGUAAUAGUAAUUGACAAAUAACCAAGCAUUGCUUGAUUAAAACCUUGGAUGGGAGACCGAAGGGUAGCUGUCGAUAGAUCAAUUAUCCAGUAGAGGUAUAUACAUUUUUUCUGAUAAUGGAUAUAACGUUGAAAAUCUGACAUUGUUUUAAAGGUACAAAUUCAACUGUUUUUAUUCAAGGAUUGUCUAUGUUGAAAUUUGGUUACCAUGAUGACAUAAUCCUGUGGUUGAAAUUUCACCCUCAAAACACAAUUUACGUUGAUUACUUUUUUCAAAUCCAAAGUAUUUAUCACGUAGAUUCACGUCGCAAUACGUUGACAAAUUACAUCAACUACGUUGAUUUAACCAGUUUGCGCUCAAUGGGGUCCUCUUAUGUAUGACACUCUAAACCAAAUUAGUUUAAGAAUUAAAAUCUCAUACAUAGGUGCGUUUGUGUUGAGCUGCCAAAAUUAUUGAUAAGCAGAGCAACAGCUCCCAGUUCUAAUGUAAUAAUGAUAUUUAAAAAUGUGGCAUCUGUGGUCUCACCAAAUGUUCUGAAUUGCUGUAUCAAUUUUGGCUAUGUGAUGCCUGUGACACCUAAUGGUUUAUGCUGUGUGCUGUGCAGAGGCUGGGGACCUUUGGGCCUCUGCGCUGUGGGGAGAUGUAUGCUCUGGACCGCCUGCUCAGGGAGGCCCGAGUCCUCGAGCUUAUCAGACACGUUGCCAAGGAGACCCCUGGAGGAGCCACUCAGCCAGAUGAGGGUGAGUUCAUUACAACUGAGAGGAGGACAAUAAAACAGCAUAUUCAUUUACUCACUGACAAAUCUAAGGAUAUAAUAAAGGUUAACUACUGUAAUUGUAGAUGAUUAAAUUACUAUCAUCUCUAACUUGUUUUCUUUUCCGUCUGUCUUCCUUCUUCUGCCUCUCUCCUGGAGUAGUGGUUCCCCAGUUAGAACAGUGCCAAGGGGCAACAUUGCUAUGGCAGCAGUGUACAGACAAUGGCAGUGUGUACAGCACCUCCACAGAGGCUUUCAUCACAACACUGGCUGCUGCUUACACCAACAGACUGCCCGAGAGAGGAGCCAGCCUGGCAGACACAGGUGUGAUACUGUUGUUGUGUCACUAUCAUGUAUAAUAACACAGUGUAUGUGACAAUAAAAUACACACAUAUAUAUAUAUAUAUAUAUAUACUGCUCAACAAAAUAAAGGGAACACUAAAAUAACACAUCCUAGAUCUGAAUGAAUGAAAUAAUCUUAUUAAAUACUUUUUUCUUUACAUAGUUGAAUGUGCUGACAACAAAAUCACACACAAAUUAUCAAUGGAAAUCAAAUUUAUCAACCCAUGGAGGUCUGGAUUUGGAGUCACACUCAAAAUUAAAGUGGAAAACCACACUACAGGCAGAUCCAACUUUGAUGCAAUGUCCUUAAAACAAGUCAAAAUGAGGCUCAGUAGUGUGUGUGGCCUCCACGUGCCUGUAUGACCUCCCUGCAACGCCUGGGCAUGCUCCUGAUGAGGUGGCGGAUGGUCUCCUGAGGGAUCUCCUCCCAGACCUGGACUAAAGCAUCCGCCAACUCCUGGACAGUCUGUGGUGCAACGUGGCGUUGGUGGAUGGAGCGAGACAUGAUGUCCCAGAUGUGCUCAAUUGGAUUCAGGUCUGGGGAACGGGCGGGCCAGUCCAUAGCAUCAAUGCCUUCCUCUUGCAGGAACUGCUGACACACUCCAGCCACAUGAGGUCUAGCAUUGUCUUGCAUUAGGAGGAACCCAGGGCCAACCGCACCAGCAUAUGGUCUCACAAGGGGUCUGAGGAUCUCAUCUCGGUACCUAAUGGCAGUCAGGCUACCUCUGGCGAGCACAUGGAGGACUGUGCGGCCCCCCAAAUAAAUGCCACCCCACACCAUGACUGACCCACUGCCAAACCGGUCAUGCUGGAGGAUGUUGCAGGCAGCAGAACGUUCUCCACGGCGUCUCCAGACUCUGUCACGUCUGUCACAUGUGCUCAGUGUGAACCUGCUUUCAUAUGUGAAGAGCACAGGGCGCCAGUGGCAAAUUUGCCAAUCUUGGUGUUCUCUGGCAAAUGCCAAACGUCCUGCACGGUGUUGGGCUGUAAGCAUAACCCCCACCUGUGGACGUCGGGCACUCAUACCACCCUCAUGGAGUUUGUUUCUGACCGUUUGAGCAGACACAUGCACAUUUGUGGCCUGCUGGAGGUCAGGGCUCUGGCAGUGCUCCUCCUGCUCCUCCUUGCACAAAGGCGGAGGUAGCGGUCCUACUGCUGAGUUGUUGCCCUCCUACGGCCUCCUCCAUGUCUCCUGAUGUACUGGCCUGUCUCCUGGUAGCGCCUCCAUGCUCUGGACACUACGCUGACAGACACAGCAAACCUUCUUGCCACAGCUCGCAUUGAUGUGCCAUCCUGGAUGAGCUGCACUACCUGAGCCACUUGUGUGGGUUGUAGACUCCGUCUCAUGCUACCACUAGAGUGAAAGCACCGCCAGCAUUCAAAAGUGACCAAAACAUCAGCCAGGAAGCAUAGGAACUGAGAAGUGGUCUGUGGUCACCACCUGCAGAACCACUCCUUUAUUGGGGGUGUCUUGCUAAUUGCCUAUAAUUUCCACCUGUUGUCUAUUCCAUUUGCACAACAGCAUGUGAAAUUUAUUGUCAAUCAGUGUUGCUUCCUAAGUGGACAGUUUGAUUUCACAGAAGUGUGAUUGACUUGGAGUUACAUUGUGUUGUUUAAGUGUUCCCUUUAUUUUUUUGAGCAGUGUGUAUAUAUAUAUAUAUACAUACAUACAUACACUUAGUGGCCGGUUCAUUAGGUACACCACCCCAUUUACUAAAAUGGUUCGCUCCUACAGACAGUGAGUCAAGUGGCCGUAGCUUGCUAGCAGUCAGACAGGCAUUAAACGUUAGAAUGGGCAAAACGAGUGACCUAAGCGACUUUGAGCGUGGUAUGAUCAAUGUUGCCACACACGCUGGUUCCAGUAUCUCAGAAAUGUCUGGCCUCCUGUGCUUUUCACGCAUGACAGUGUCUAGGGUUUACAGAGAAUGGUGCGACAAAUAAAAAACAUCCAGUCAGCGGCAGUCCUGUGGGCAAAAACAGCUCAUUGAUGAGAGGUCAAAGGAGAAUGGCAAGAAUCGUGCAAGCUAACAGGCGGGCCACAAACAGGCAAAUAAUGACGUGCAGUGGUGUGCAGAACGGCAUCUCGGAACGCACAACUCGUUGGUCCUUUUCACGGAUGGGCUGUUUCUAGCAGACGACCACACUGGGUUCCACUCCUAUCAGCUAAAAACAAGAAUAAUCUGCUCCAAUGGGCAUGCGUUCACCAACACUGGACAAUUGAGGAGUGGAAAAACGUAGCCUGGUCCAACGAAUCCCGGUUCCUGUUUGUUCAUGCUGAUGGCAUAGUCAGCAUGCAACAUCAGUCCAUGGCCCCAUCCUGCCUGGCAUCAACGGUACAGGCUGGUGGUGUAAUGGUGUGGGGUUGUUUUCAUGGCACACGUAAGGUCCCUUGAUACCAAUUGGGCAACGUUUCCAUGCCCCAAUUCAGGCUGUUCUGGAGGCAAAGUGGGGUUCAACCCAGUACCUAAUAAACUGGCCACUGUAUAUUUUAACAUAGAGAUACAUGGUCUAAAACACUCUCCCUCAGGAGGAGUUUGUGAUCAGCAAUGCAAUGCUCCUGGCUUUGAUUCCAGUGACCUAUAUUAUAUCACAGAUCCAUACAUUAGAGAAGAGCUGUUAAAGUGUUAUCCUGUCACGUCUGACCUAUGUCUCUCUGUGCUGUGUCUAGUGUUCUUGCGUCUGGUGGAGAGGAUUCUGGAGAGGAGGCUGCCCAAGCGUAGGGACGGGGCAGCCAGAGAGAUGCUGACCCUCUUCCAGUUCUGGAGCUACCUGGAGGCAGAGGGAGUGAGCGAGCUGGACACACACAUCACUGAACUGGCAGAGGAGGGUGAGUGUCUGGGAGACUGACUAUGGUAGUGAAUGGGCCGCCUUAAUUGCUUGGAGUUGGUGUUAAUAAAUGUGUUAAUGUAUGUUACCAGGUUACAGACAGCCACUUUGCUCUAUGGUCAGUCAUUAUGAAUGUACAGUAUUUAAAUGGCUGAUUGCUCUCAUUGUUGUUCUUACACCACACCCACUAUAGCAUAAUCUCCUCAUCCUAUUGUCUUUUUCCUAUUUUCUCUUCCCAACCUUAUUCUCUCUCUCUGUGUGUUUCCUUUUCCUCCCACAACACACACCCUGUCCUGUCUCUUUCUCUGCUUCUCUGUCCACCCUCCACUCUUUCCCCCCCUCAGUGUGGCUGGUUCAGAGCCUGCAGUCAGGAGACCAGGAGGUGCUGGUGAAGGCCCUGAAGAGGCCACCAGAGAGCAGCCUGAAGAGGGAGGGGCUGCAUGCUGUCAGCCUGCUGCUCAGGGACCCGCGGGGGAAGGUUUCUGCCUCAGCUAGCUCCCUGCUACGGAGCCUAGCCAACCAAACACGCCAUCGAGAGAGGGUGAGACCAAGAGACACAUUAAUUUAAGGCAGGGGUAUUCAACCAGGGGUACUGCAGGGGGUCUGCGUAAAUGUAUAAAAAAUACAAACAAAAUUGAAAAAAUAUUUAUUCAAUUUUGGUUUUUAUGAAUAUCGCUAGCACCAACAGACUUAACAAAUUUCAAAUUACGUACCUACAAUAGAGAAGAGGAGUAUAUCUUAUAUAUUCUGUUCUAUAUAUAUUUAUAUUCUAAUGAUGUCAACUAUUGCUCAACUCCUAAUAUUGUGUUGUCAAUAAUUAAGCAAAUUGCACUCAUUGGAGCCAAUUACACUCACUGGAGUAUUUGACAUGGGCUUUGAAAAAGCGCCCGUGAAUAGGCUACCAAGUGCCGCUGGCUGCUGGUAAGCUUUCUUGCCAAUACUUGGCUAACCUUUGUUUAAACAGCUGCUCUUAGCGAAAAUGUGUUUGGAGUUACCUUUCUAGCUAAUAGGCUUUGUUAGAGUUUACACUACCUCUUCCAAUUAUUAUGUAGGGAGGUCAAAAUAAUGAAAAACGAUCUACCAAAUCUAUUCAUAUUAUAAUUCAGCUGAUAAGGCAAGAAUUGCUAAUGUAUGAUUGGGGUCCCUGGAUCGACAGUCUGCCUGGGAGGUGAUCCCUGGGCAAGAAACGUUUUAAAACCCUGAUUUAAGGCCAUACUCACUGUAGAACUUUUAAAAUGCACCUCUUAAAAAGUGUUAUCUCUAUGAAGAUGCUAGGAUCACCAAUGUGGAUUCACACUACACUACAUCUCAUUCCAAAAUCAGUUGGUCCCCCCUUUGCUGCUAUAACAGGCUUUCCACUAGUUGUUGGAACAUUGCUGCGGGGACUUGCUUCCAUUCAGCCACGAGCAUUAGUGAGGUCUGGCACUGAUGUUGGGCGAUUAGGCCUGGCUCGCAGUCAGCGUUCGAAUUCAUCCCAGUGGUGUUCGAUGGAGUUGAGGUUAGGGCUCUGUGCAGGCCAGAAAAGUUAUUCCACACCGAUCCCGAAAAUUGACCUCGCUUUGUGCACGGGGGCAUUGUCAUACUGAAAUGGGGAAGGGCCUUCCCCAAACGGUUGCCACAAAGUUGGAAGCACAGAAUAAUCUAGAAUGUCAUUGUAUGCUGUAGUGUUUAAGAUUUCCCUUCAAUGGAACUAAGGGGCCUAGCCCGAACCAUGAAAAACAGCCCCAGACCAUUAUUCCUCCUCCAUCAAACUUUACAGUUGGCACUAUGCAUUCGAGCAGGUAGCGUUUUCCUGACAUCCGACAAACACAGAUUCGUCAGUCGGACUGCCAGAUGGUGAAGCGUGAUUCAUCACUCCAGAGAACACCUUCCCCAAACUGUUGCCACAAAGUUGGAAGUACAGAAUCGUCUAGAAUGUCAUUGUCUGCUGUUGCGUUAAGAUUUCCCUUCACUGGAACUAAAAGGCCUAGCCCGAAACAUGAAAAACAGCCCUAUACCAUUCGGGAAGGUAGCGUUCACCUGGCAUCCACCAAACCCAGAUUUGUCGGUCGGAAUGCCAGAUGGUGAAGCGUGAUUAAUCACUCCAGAGAACGCAUUUCCACUGCUCCAGAGUCCAAUGGAGGAGAGCUUUACACCACUCCAGCCGACGCUUGGCAUUGCGCAUGGUGAUCUUAGGCUUGUGUGCGGCUGCUCGGCCAUGGAAACCCAUUUCAUGAAGCUCCCGACGAACAGUUCUUGUGCAGACGUUGCUUCCAGAGGCAAUUUGGAACUCGUUAGUGAGUGUUGCAACCGAGGACAGACGAUUUGUACGCGCUACGCACUUCAGCACUCGGCGGUCCCGUUCUGUGAGCUUGUGUGGCCUACCACUUCACAAUAACAGCACUUACAGUUGACCGGGGCAUCUCUAGCUUGUUUUAAAGGUCCUAUGACGGUGCCACGUUGAAAGUCACUGAGCUUUUCAGUAAGGCCAUACUACUGCCAAUGUUUGUCUUUGGAGAUUGCAUGGUUGUGUGCUUGAUUUUAUACACCUGUCAGCAACAGGUGUGGCUGAAAUAGCCGAAACCACUAAUUUGAAGGGGUGUCCACAUACUUUUGUAUAUAUAGUGUGUGUGUGUUUGUGAAAAUGAUAGUGUAUUUUACCCCAGGCCCUGGUAAGCUGUCUGGAGCUUCUGGAGAAUGAGAGCGUGGAGACGAGAGUGUGUGGCUGUAAAGCACUUGCAUGUCUGAAGGUCAGUCUUACCACUUAGUCACACCUCUUCAACAAUCUCCAUCAGUUUUUUUUACUUUACGUACCCUAGUGUCUGGAGUCAGUCUGUUGUCCACUCUGUUUUUUAUGUUCUGCAGGCCAAAGAGAGCAUUGAACAGCUGAUCUAUCUCUGUCGAUCGGACAAGGAGGAUGUGCGGGAUGCUGCUAAACAAGCUCUGCUGGUGCUUGGUAUGUAG